AGUGUGGCCCACCGGAAGAAAUUUGAGUAACACCAUUUAAACAGCGUGUGUUUUAGCGGAUUCUUUAUACAUUGCCACCAACUCCGAUGACUGUUUGAAGACAAGUAUCAUCUUAGUUUUGGAUGCGUUCAUACCUGUUAUCGCAAUGACUGAAGCGUUGUUUCAGGCGCCUAAGCGGCGGGCCAGGGUGUAUGAGUUGUAUGACGCCCCGUUUCCCGUACCGCUGACUGCGGAGGAUGGGAGGCUGCAGCGCACCCUUAUCUACAGAGCAGAGAUAGUCAACCAGCACGUCGUUGUCAGGGACCCUGAACACGUCCAAGCACUCUACAACAAGGGUUACUUUGGUAAAGGCAUCUUAUCAAGAAGCAGGCCAGACCACAGUGUCUCACACAUGUGGGAGAAGUUUGGUGAACAGGUUUUACCUGUCAUCUCCCUGUCCAAGUACCAGAAGCAUAUGAGCUGGGCACGGGAUGUUCUUCUAGCUCAGGGAUUGGAGGAAGAGGUUGUCCGUCAGACCCUGAAAUGGUUUUCUCAGCCAAUUGAGAUGGAUCUCAGGGAGAAGAAUGGACACAAUGUCUUUCCAUCCAGCCCACAAAGGAGAGAGGACACAGGGUCAGAUAAAGCCCAGGACCAAGUGUCAAAGCAGGCACAGAUCGAUGAGGGCAAGGCUACCUCGAGGCCCGGAAACCAGGAGAGUGACCAUCCUCAGGCUAAGAGACCUCGAAGGCAGGGAGAUAGUCAAUUUGACCCUCUGGCUAAGUUGUACUCCCAGGAGCCCCGGCUGGUGCACAAGGCAGCACUGGCUAAGGUCCGGUGUUCCAGACAUGAUGACUGGCUAGUUGACUGUGGAUGCAGGCUGGAUGACAGCAUAGUGGAGACCCUACAGAUAGACAGCCAGUCAGACCGACCGGGGACAGGCCGACCGGGGACAGAUGUGGAGCAUGAGUAUGUACUGGUGAUGGAGGAGGAUGAAGAAAACCGUGUUAUCAAGCCGGCCAGAUCAGAACCUGGGACCAAGGUGACGGGCAGGAAGGUGUGUCGAGUGAACCCCUUCAGACUGCUGGAGUAUCUACAGCUGACUCUUGAGGAGGCAUUCUUCUUGGUCUAUGCAUUGGGGUGCCUUUCAGUUUACUACAAUGAGGAGCCAUUGUCAGUGAUUCAGUUAUGGGAGAUGUUCCGGUCAAUCCAGCCCCACUUUGAUACCUCUUACAUUGCCUACCAUUUCUUCCGCAGCCGAGGGUGGGUACCCAAGCCUGGGGUGAAGUACGGGACGGACCUUUUGCUUUACCGAAAAGGACCACCUUUCUACCAUGCCAGUUACUCGGUGGUGGUUGAGAGGGUAGAUCAGGGGCUUAGAGGAGAAGCUCUACGUCCCUUCAGCUGGAGGACCCUGGCAGCGCUCAGCAGAAUCACUGGCAAUGUCUCCAAGGAGCUGAUGCUGUGUUAUGUUAUCUACCCAUCAGAGAUGGAGGAACACAUCUCCUCUCCACACUGUCUCAGCAGGGUCACGGUUCAGGAGAUCAUUUUAAGCAGAUGGAUAUCCUCCCAGGAACGAACAGAGAUGGAUGACAUUUGAAAUCUUUGUGUUUCUGCAUUGUACAUGUUGGAGAAUUAUGAUCCAACCUAAUAUGUCAAAAUAUCAAUAAACGUGCUUUAAACAGAA